AUGAGUGUCUACGAGAUGCGGUCGCCCAGUUACCCUUUCGCCGACCCGCUACUAUCGAAUCCGAAAGCAAAACAUGGUACCCCAACAACUGGGGAUGCUGUCUAUCCAUCUAGAGUUUCUAGUCGACAAUAUGUACCCGCCAUGGGAGAGGAAAGAAGGGUAUUCAAUGCAGAAGCAGCAGCGUGGUGUACGGCAAAUUCUCCGCUAGCUAGGCGAUUGAAGGGGCGCCACAUACAGAUGAUAGCAGUCGGUGGCUCAAUAGGUACCGGACUUUUCAUAGAUUCUGGCGCGGCGCUGGCAGCAGGCGGACCAGCUUUUCUCCUCAUAGCAUUUAUAAUACUUGGUGCUGUUCUCUUCUGCGUCGUCCAAGCAUUAGGAGAGCUUGCCGUGACAUUUCCUGUAGCGGGAUCUUACAGCGCAUUUGCAACUCGUUUUAUUGAUCCUGCGUGGGGAUUUGCCUUUAGCUGGAAUUAUGCACUACAAUGGGCCUUUACUUUCCCCCUCGAAAUAAUAUCCGCCGCAAUUACUCUCGAGUAUUGGAACUCCCCUAUUCCGAGCUGGCUAGCUGUGGCUAUUUUUCUUGCCAUAAUUGUCGGUAUUAAUCUUUUUAGCGUCAAGGUUUAUGGUGAGGUUGAAUACAUGUUUUCAGUUCUGAAGCUUGCAGCUGUUAUAGGGUUUAUCAUACUUGGUGUCUUAAUUAAUUGUGCCGGGACUCAGGACUCGGGGUAUAUUGGCGCACGUUACUGGCAUAAUCCAGGCGCCUUCAACAAUGGGUUCAAAGGGUUUUGCGGCAUGCUAAUCACAGCUACCUUUUCAUAUGCCGGUACUGAGCUUGUGGCACUUGGGGCAGCCGAAACCCAAAACCCGUCUAAAACACUACCUACGGCUAUCAAGCAGGUAUUUUGGCGUGUAGCCACUCUCUAUAUAGCUUCAGUCAUAAUAAUUGGCCUCCUAAUACCCUACAACUCCCCAAAGCUCGUUUUGCAUAACAGCAUGGACCCUAGGGCCUCUCCAUUUAUAAUUGCCAUCCGAUCUGCAGGUAUUCAUGGUCUCGAUACUGUCAUGAACGUGGUGGUAUUAAUCACUGUUUUAUCGGUAGCCAAUUCAUCCAUGUAUAGUGCAUCACGUGUAUUUUCUGCGCUUGGUGAACAAGGACAAGCGCCACGAUUUAUGGCUUAUGUCGAUCAGAGUGGACGUCCACUCGUCAGCAUUGGGGUUGUUUCUAUAUUUGGGCUAUCAGCGUUUUUGUAUGUCACUCCCAUUUGCGAUGUAGCUUUCAGCUGGCUUCUCGCUAUUUCAAGCCUCUCGACUAUAUUCACAUGGGCUUCCAUUUGCUAUACACAUAUCCUAUUUCGACGGGCGUGGGCUUAUCAAGGCUUGCAAGUCAGCGAUCUUAUCUAUCGUUCCCCAAUUGGUGCCAAAGGUUCUUAUGCUGCACUUGUUGCUCUACUACUUAUUCUGAUUGCUCAUUUCUGGGUGCUAAUCUCUCCAUAUAGUAAUGCGACUCAAAAACCACGAGAAAGGCUUAUAAAAUUUAUUGGUGCUCUGUUAGCUAUACCUCUCAUUCUUAUUUUAUAUUUUGGAUACAAAAUAUGUUAUCGCACUCGGUGUGUCAGGAUGAAUGAGGUAGAUCUGGUGACUGGUAGGAAUGGGUGGGAGGGUGAACUGCAGCGUAGAGCACGGAUCGAAGAUCGUAGAGAAUGGCCAAGGUGGAAGGUGAUAUAUCGAACUCUCUGUUAA